GCGACACCAGUUGCUUCAAAGAUCCCGUCUGGACGCGGGACUACUGAAGGACCCCGAGACCAGUCAGGAUGCCGCACGGACGGGUGAUCCUGUGGCUCUGCCUGAGCGUCGCUCUGUCCGCAGCGAGCCGAGAGCUAAAGUCAUCACCCACAAAGAAAUUCUGCAGCACAUGGGGAAACGGCCAUUUUAAGACAUUCGACGGAUAUUUCUUUGACCUCCCGUCUUCUUGUAACUACAACUUUGCAUCGCAAUGCAAGGGCAGCUAUGAAGAUUUCCAAAUUCAGCUUCAGCGGCAGGAGGUCAAUGGGGCGACCUCCAUUAAGAAAAUCAGGAUGAAACUGGACGGAUUCGUCGUUGAGUUGGCCGGCGAUUCCAUCAGAGUUAACGACAAACAAGUCCGUGUACCGUUCAGCCGGGGCGGCGUCUCCAUAGAGCAGGCUGCGUCUUAUGUCAAAAUCUCUGCCAAGCUGGGUCUGGUUGCCAUGUGGAACCAAGACGACACCUUCUGGGUUGAGAUGGAUCAGAAAUUCCAGAACCAAACGUGUGGCUUGUGCGGUGACUUCAAUGGAAACAAGCUUCAAGACGAAUUCAUUCAAUCAAAGAAAGACGACCUGAUGAGUCCUGACUUGUACGGGGAGACAUGGAAAGUCAGCGACCCCAGUGAAGAAUGUGAUGACGAGACCCCUCCAGUCAGACAGAACUGUGACGAGUUUAAAAGAUUCUGCAAGGACCUGCUGACCGGACCGGCGUUCGUCAGCUGCAAAGACCUGCUGGAUACCGCCGCCUUCAUCAGCGCCUGCCAGAGCGACCUGUGCGCCUGCGGCGGGGCCGGUGCUUCCUGCACGUGCGCGACCCUGUCUGAGUACUCCCGUCAGUGUUCCCACGUCGGCGGCAAGCCACAGCAGUGGAAGACCGCACAAAUGUGUGCAAAGACUUGUCCUUUCAACAUGGAGUUAAGAGAAAGUGGCAGCCCCUGUACUGACACCUGCAGCAACCCCCAGAGAAGCCAGACGUGUGAGGAGCACAGCAUCGAUGGAUGCUUCUGCCCAUCUGGGACUGUCUUCGACGAUAUCACACAAACCGGCUGUAUCGCCGCCAAGCAGUGUCCCUGCAUGCACAAAGGAAAGGCCUACAACAAUCAAGAAUCUUACUCGAGUCAAUGUCAACAGUGCACAUGUCUAGAGGGUGAGUGGCGGUGCAAGAACCUGAACUGUCCCGGGACCUGCGCCAUCAUCGGCGGCUCUCACAUCUCCACCUACGACGACAAGACGUACACUUUCCAUGGAGACUGUGCAUACACUCUUACCGCGGACGUUACAGGGAAUUUCAGUGUGAUCGCUACCUUGGAAAAAUGUGAAAAAGCAGAGGAGUCUACCUGUCUGGAGGAAAUCACCUUGCGUUUGUCACAGAACACGGUGAUUGGAAUUGAAGCGGAUGGACAGGUCACAUAUAAAAAAAUCGUCUCUCGCCUUCCUCUCAUCAUGGACGACGUCGUCAUCUUCAAACCGUCCUCCUUCUUCAUCGUGGUCCACACCACUUAUGGGUUUGAUAUCGAGGUUCAGCUGGUGCCGGUGAUGCAGGUCUACAUCAGAGCUUGCUCUUCCAGAAAAGGAAGGCUCCAAGGUCUCUGCGGAAAUUUCAACGAUGUGGAGGCCGAUGAUUUCAAAACCAGAUGUGGGCUGAAUGAGGGAGUAGCUGCAUUGUUUGCCAACACGUGGAAAGUUGGAGCAGGUUGUCCUGAUGUGAAAGACUCCCUGAGGGACCCCUGCACUCUGAGUGUGGAAAAAGAAAAGUAUGCCAAAUACUGGUGCGGCUUCCUGUCAGACCCUAACGGUGUGUUUGCUGAGUGUCACUCAGAAGUGGAUCCAUCAGAAUAUGAAGCUUCUUGUGUCUACGAUACCUGCGCCUGUGAAAGGAGCGAAGAAUGCAUGUGUGCUAUCGUAUCAUCCUACGUGCACGCGUGCGCUUCUGAGGGCGUCGUGCUGAAGGGAUGGAGGAACAAAAUCUGCAGUAAAUACACCAAGAGCUGCCCAGAAAGUUUAGAGUACGGAUACCAGACGAAUGGCUGCGAUCGCACCUGCCGCGCUCUCAGUCAGUCGGACGCCACAUGCGAGGUCAGCUUCACUCCUCUGGAUGGCUGUGGCUGCGCCGAGGGACGCUACCUCGACGACAAGGGGCGGUGUGUCCCGGUUUCACAAUGUCCCUGCCACGUCGGAGAAAAGGUGGUCCGUCCGGGUCAGCUCAUCAAGGUCAAUGGGCAAACUUGUUCCUGCCAUCAUGGACAAUUAAAAUGUAGAGGAGCCAGAAUCACGUGCGCUGCUCCAAUGGUUUACGUCAACUGCUCUCGUGCGAAAGCUGGCACAAGGGGAGUUGAGUGUCAGAGAAGUUGCCAGACAUUGGACAUGAAAUGCGAUGAUGCACAAUGCAUCUCAGGCUGUGUUUGCCCUCAAGGCCUGAUGCAAGAUGGCAAAGGAGGCUGUAUAAAAGAAGCAGAUUGUCCCUGUACAUAUAAUGGAGAGGUCUAUAAAGCGGGACAAUCUCUCACUGUGGACUGCAAUAGAUGCACAUGCAAAAACAGACAGUGGGACUGCACAGACAGAGUGUGUGAUGGGACCUGCACCAUGUACGGAGAGGGGCAUUACGUCACUUUUGACGAAAAGAGAUAUGUCUUCAAUGGAGGCUGCAACUAUGUGUUCGCACAGGAUUACUGUGGAGACAACGAAGGCUCCUUCAGGAUCCUGACUGAAAACACCCCCUGUGAGACAACUGACAGCAUCUGCUCAACUGUUAUCAAACUCUUUUUGGGGAAUAAUGAAAUUGUUCUAUCAGAAGAAAAUGUCAAAGUUAACAAACAAAGCAAAGGGGAAGAAAUUGCCUACAAAGUCCACAAAAUGGGAUUGUAUGUUGUCGUAGAGGCGAACAAUGGUCUUAUCCUUGUGUGGAACAAGAAAACAACACUCAUGCUCAAACUCAGCUAUGAGUUCAAGGGAAAAAUCUGUGGUCUCUGUGGGAAUUACGAUGGCAGCGUCAAAAACGAUUUCACCACCAGAAAAAACGAAAUUGUCGUUGAUGCCUUUGCAUUUGCGAACAGCUGGAAGGACUCAACCACUUGUCCAGAUGAGAGAGCUUCAAAAUCCCCCUGCAGUCUGUACUCGUACAGGCAAGCAUGGGCUUUGAAACACUGCAGCAUUAUAAAAAGUUCAGUAUUUGCCACCUGCCAUUCAAAGGUGAAUCCCCAAAACUUUCAUGACUCUUGCGUGAGAGACUCGUGCGCUUGCAAUACAGGAGGAGACUGUGAGUGUUUCUGUUCAGCUGUAGCAGCCUAUGCAGCAGCUUGUAAUGCAGCUGGAGCCUGCAUAAAAUGGAGAACCCCCACCAUCUGCCCCCUGUUCUGCGACUUUUACAACGCCGAUGGAGAUUGUCAAUGGCACUAUGAACCUUGUGGAAAAUCAUGCUUGAAAACUUGCAGUAAUCCUUCAGGAAAGUGCUACAAUCAGCUUCCUUCUUUAGAAGGCUGCUAUCCAAAGUGCCCACCUGAACGGCCAUUUUUGGAAGAGGUUACCAUGAAGUGUGUGGCAGCGCCCAACUGUGGCUGCUAUGAUAUGGAAGGAAAGCAUUACAAAGAACGGGAUCUCAUGCCUGCCGACAAAAACUGUCAGAGCUGCUAUUGCACUUCAACAAAAAAGCAUUGCACUUACAAUGUGGAAGCUUGCACAUGUGCAUAUCAAAGUCAGAUGUACAAGUAUGGAGAAACAAUCUAUUCCACUAGUGAUGGAGAUGGAGAGUGUAUAACUGCAAUUUGUUCAGAAAAUGGGACUAUUACCAGAAUUAUGGAACCUUGCACGACUGCUGAAGCACCAACAACAACAGUGUUUGUGUUCAACACAACUGUGGCAGAAACAACACCAAGUGUGACAACUCAGAUUGUUUCUACUGUUACAACUGAGUCUGUGACGACAAUUGUGACCUUCUCAACACCAAGAGGUACAACAAGCUCCAAAACAACUGUGACACCCCCAGUAGGUCCACCUGAAGGCCCAACAACCGCAAGUGUAACUACCACAAGAAAUGAACCUUUCACCACAGAAGAGAUAAGUACAGCAGCCACAACUGAAAGACUCACCAAAACCCCAGAAGACUGCUAUAAAUGUGACUGGUCAGAUUGGACCAACAAGAAUUCCCCUGAAUCUGAUCGAAACAGUGGAGAUAUUGAAAGAAUUGAAGACAUCGCUUAUCCAGAACUGAAAUCUUGCAGACAGCCACUGGACAUCGAGUGCAGAGCUAGUAGACUAAGAGAUAAAACUUUGGAGGAAGUUGGCCAAAAAGUAACAUGUGACCCAACAACAGGUUUCACCUGCCUGAACAGUGACCAAAGUUCAGAUUCUUCUUGUUUGGAUUAUGAAAUAAGAGUGAAGUGCUGUCGUUACAUUUGUGGAUCCACCACAAUAAUUAAAACAUCCACCACAGCAGUUACUGAGAAACCAGGCGCAACAACCACAACAAGUGAAGAACGUACCACAACCCCAGAGGAACCAAGUGAAACAACCUCGUCGACAGAAAGACCCACCACAACCUCAGAGGAAGUCACAACCGCUGAAGUCACAACUGCUAACUGCUAUGAAUGUAACUGGUCUGAUUGGACCAACAACAAUUACCCUCAGCCUGGUCCAAACAGUGGAGAUUAUGAAAAAAUUGAAGACAUUGGUUAUCCAGACCUGGAAUCUUGCAGACAGCCACUAGACAUCGAGUGCAGAUCUAGUAGAUUUACAGAGAAAAGUUUGGAGGAAGUUGGUCAAAAAGUAACUUGUGACCCUAAAACAGGUCUCAUCUGCUUGAACAAAGACCAAAGUCAAGAUCCUUCUUGUUUGGAUUAUGAAAUACGAGUGAAAUGCUGUCGGUACAAGUGUGGAUCAACCACAACAACGAUUAUAUCUUCCACCCCAGGAAUUACAGAACAGACAGGUGCAACAACCACAACAAAUCCCGAAGAGACAGGUGCAACAACCACAUCAAGAAUUACUGAAGAAUCAAGUGCAACAACCACAACAACAGUUACCGGAGAGCCAGGUCCAACAGGAACCCCAACAAUUCCUGGAGGGACAGGUGUAACAGGCACCCCAAGAAAUCCUGAAGAGACAACUGCAACGACCACUACAAUUCCAGAAGAGAAAGGUGAAACAACCACCCCAGAAAUUCUCGAAGAGGAAACAACCACAAUUGAAGAACCCACCUCAACCUCUGAGGAGCCAACUCCAAUCGGAGACUGCUAUAAAUGUGACUGGUCAGAUUGGACCAACAAGAAUUCCCCUCAGUCUGGUCCAAAUAGUGGAGAUAUUGAAAGAAUUGAAGAUAUUGCUUAUCCAGAACUGAAAUCUUGCAGACAGCCUCUAGACAUCCAGUGCAGAGCUAGUAGAUUAAGAGAUAAAACUUUGGAGGAAGUUGGUCAAAAAGUGACAUGUGACCCUACAACAGGUUUCACCUGCCUGAAUAGAGACCAAAGCUCAGAUUCUUCUUGUUUGGAUUAUGAAAUAAGAGUGAAGUGUUGUCGUUACGUGUGUAGAUCUACCACAGAGAUUGAAACUUCCAGCACACCAUUUACCGAAGAGACAGGUUCAACCACCACAGCAAUUACUGGAGAGACAGGUAUUACAACCACAACAACUGGAAGACCAAGUAAGCCCACUGAGGAACCAAGUGUGACAACUUCAUUGACAGCAAGACCCACCACAACCCAAGUAGAAGGCACAACCCCAGAAGACUGCUAUAAAUGUGACUGGUCAGAUUGGACCAACAAGAAUUCCCCUCAGUCUGGUCCAAAUAAUGGAGACAUUGAAAGAAUUGAAGACAUCGCUUAUCCAGAACUGAAAUCUUGCAGACAGCCACUGGACAUCGAGUGCAGAGCUAGUAGAUUAAGAGAUAAAACUUUGGAGGAAGUUGGCCAAAAAGUGACAUGUGACCCAACAACAGGUUUCACCUGCCUGAACAGUGACCAAAGUUCAGAUUCUUCUUGUUUGGAUUAUGAAAUAAGAGUGAAGUGUUGCCGUUACGUGUGUGGAUCCACCACUACAAUUGAAACUCCCUCCACAACAAUUACCGAAGAGACAGGUGUAACAACAACUACCGAAGAGACAGGUGUAACAACCACAACAACUACCGAAGAGACAGAUAUAACAGCCACAACAAGUGAAGAAUACACAACUACUGAGGAGACAGGUAUAACAGCCACAACAAGUGAAGAAUACACAACUACUGAGGAGACAGGUAUUACGGUGUCAACGACAGAGAGACCAACUCCAGAAGAGUCUGAGACAACAUCAACCACAGAAACCUCUACAAUUGUUACAGGUACAGGUACAACAAGAACUCCAAGGCCUCUUAAAAGUACAACUGCAGGAAAACAAACCACAACAUCAAAAACAGGGUCCAAAACAACCAAACCCAAGUCUGCGACUACUGUAAAAGUCCCAACAACAACCACAUCAAUAACAGGAGUCCCAUCAACAACAAAGGGGGGCACUACAACUACACGAAGGCCAGGAACCAAGCACCCAAGAACCGGCCCUCCAAGACCAACUGGAACACCUGGGUUCGAGACUACAACCACACCAAUAGGACAAACCACAGGAACGGGAACUCCAGGAACACCAACCGGACCACCCGAGUUUGAGACUACAACCACACCAAUAGGACAAACCACAGGAAGGGGCCCUCCAGGAACACCAACAGGACCACCCAGGUUUGAGACUACAACCAGACCAAUAGGACAAACCACAACAAUGGGCCCUCCAGGAACACCAACAGGACCACCUGGGUUUGAGACUACAACCAGACCAAUAGGACAAACCACAACAACGGGCCCUCCAGGAACACCAACAGGACCACCUGGGUUUGAGACUACAACCAGACCAAUAGGACAAACCACAACGAGUCCUCCAGUAAAACCACCCAGGACUAGGACCACCAUAGCAGUCCCUUCUACAACAACCACAUCAACAGAAACACCCCCGACACCAACAGAGGGGGGCAGUACAACCACAUCAACAGAAAGACCCACACCAGUUACAGGGGAGGUCAGCACAUCGUCAACAGAAAGACCAUCACCGACAGAGGAGUUCAGUACAACAACCACAUCGACUGAAAGAUUCCCACCACCAACAGAAGAGGAGUUCAGUACCACAACCACAUCAACAGAAAGGUCUCCACCACCAACAGGGGAGGGCAGUACAACAACUCCAUCACCAGAAAUAUCUUCAACAUCAAGACCGAGGGGGACUACAACUGCUACAACAGAGUCGACACCCACAGAAGGGACUACAAAAAUCACACCAACAAAACGGCCCCCAUCACCGACAGAGGAGGUCACUACAACAAUCACAUCAACAGAAAGACCCCCACCACCAUCAGGGGAGGUCCCUACAACCGCAUCCACAGAAAGACCACCACCAUCAGGGGAGAUCCCUACAACCGCAACGACAGAAAGACCACCACCAUCAGGGGAGAUCCCUACAACCACAUCCACAGAAAGACCACCACCAUCAGGGGAGAUCCCUACAACCACAACGACAGAAAGACCACCACCAUCAGGGGAGAUCCCUACAACCGCAUACACAGAAAGACCACCACCAUCAGGGGAGGUCCCUACAACCGCAACGACAGAAAGACCACCACCAUCAGGGGAGAUCUCUACAACCGCAUCCACAGAAAGAACAACACCAUCAGGGGAGAUCUCUACAACCGCAUCCACAGAAAGAACAACACCAUCAGGGGAGAUCUCUACAACCGCAUCCACAGAAAGAACAACACCAUCAGGGGAGAUCUCUACAACCGCAUCCACAGAAAGAACACCACCAUCAGGGGAGAUCUCUACAACUGCAUCCACAGAAAGACCCACGUCGCCAUUAACCUCAGUAACUACAGAAAAAUCUACUACAGUGAUUGUGUCUUCAACAGAGAGCAAAACAACUUUGUGUUCCUGCAAGUAUUUGGAUGAAACUUUCACUCCAGGAAGCUUCAUGUACAAUAAGACUGAUGGGGAAGGUUGGUGUUACACUGCAUAUUGCAAUGUGACAUGUAAUGUUGAGAAGCGUGGCAGACAAUGUCAAACUACAACUCCUCCAAGUCCAAUUAGUUCAACUGUGGUGCCGACUCGUCUGACGGAGAAAGUUCCUGAAUGCUCAUAUCUUGAUCCACCCAGAAAGAAUGGCGAGACCUGGGAUGGCGAAACCGACUGCACCAAAGAAAGAUGUGAAAAUGGUCAAGUGAUCACGGAACACGUGCCAUGUCCUGAUACAUACAUGCCUAUUUGUGAAAAUGGCUUCCCUCCAGUCAAGAUUUUCGAAGAAGGAUCCUGUUGUCCGCACUACGAGUGCCGAUGUGUCUGUGCUGGCUGGGGAGACCCUCAUUAUCUGACGUUUGAUGGCCAGUAUUACAGCUUCCAGGAAAACUGCACAUAUGUUCUGAUCAAAGAGAUCCAACCCGAAUACGAUUUUAAGGUUCUCGUUGACAAUAUAAACUGUGUCGCCUCAGCUGAUGUCUCCUGCGCUAAGUCCUUGAUCGUGUUUUACAAGGACUAUGAAAUUGUCCUUACGCAAGAGACGGAACCACAGACUGUGAACGUGGUGUACGUCAACGGCAGAAGGAUUAUUCCGAACUACUCCAACAAAGACCUUGUUAUUACAUCUUCAGGAAUUGAGCUGGUGUUGAGAAUCCCAGAAAUCAAAGCAGUUGUGCUCUACAAAGGACUUUUAUUCAUCGUUGAACUGCCUCUUGAGCUUUUCCAUGAAAACACAGAGGGACAGUGUGGUUACUGUGACAAUUACCGGGGCAACGACUGCAGAUUGCCAAGUGGUGAGACCCAUCCCUCAUGCUCUGAAAUGAGCCACGAGUGGCGCGUCAAAGAUGAGAAAAAGCCAUUCUGUGAAAGGCCACCACCUCCGCCCAGACCACCAGUGCAGCCAACAGAGCCAGAGUGCAAAGCUGAUGCCUGUGAAAUUCUUAACAGCGAGGUGUUCGAGGAGUGCCAGAAAGUGGUCCCACCAGAGGCAUAUUUCAAGGCCUGUGUGUAUGACACGUGCCACGUGACAAACAGGACCAUGAUUUGCAGCAGUCUGGAGGCCUACGCCACGGCGUGCGCUGAAGCAGGCGUCUGUGUUAACUGGAGGAACGCUACAAAGGGCCAGUGUGAAUAUCAGUGCCCACGUGAUAAAGUCUACAUGCCUUGUGGCCCAACUGUUGUACCGACCUGCAAUGCAAGACAUAAUGAAGACUUCCUAAAGGAAUGUGAAAGAAAGCCAAGAGACCAACAGAAAAGUUGCCAGAAACAAAUAGAAGGAUGCUACUGUCCAGAGGGGAAAAUCAGGUUCAGUACGGCCUCUGAUGUCUGUGUCUCCUCCUGUUGCACUGGACCUGACGGCCAACCUAAAGAGCUCGGCGAGGAGUGGCUGAGCGACUGUAAGCACUGCGCCUGCGACAACGACACCCAGAGCGUGCGGUGUGAGCCUGUCGCGUGCGCCGUGGAGGAACCAGUGAGCUGUGACGAAGAGGGUGAAGUGCUGGUGAACCGUACAGUGGACUGCUGCGUGAAGCAGGCAUGCGAGUGUGAUAAGAGCCGCUGCGCGAAACAGACAGAGAAAUGCGAAGCAGGAUUUGAGCAGGAGCUCACCAUCUCAGAGGAAGUCUGCUGCCCCGUCUAUCGCUGCGUUCCUAAGCAUGUCUGUGUCUUCAAUGAGACUGAGUAUAAGCCCGGUGUGGAAUUCAACAAAGGUGAAUGUGAAGUGUGCAGAUGCACUGAAAUUGAAGAUCCUGACACCCAGCUGCACGAAUACGACUGCACCACGAAAAUGUGCAACGAUGACUGUCAAGAGGGUCACGAGUACAGAGAGCAACCAGGAAGUUGUUGUGGAAUAUGUGAACAGACGACUUGCGUUAUGGACUUCCCAGAUCUCCCAACGCCAGUCCUUAUUGAACCCUCUGACACUUGGUCACCACCAGACGAUAACUGCACCAAAUACCAAUGCAAGAAGGUCAACGACGACUUCACUGUGGUUGUAACUGAGCCAUCCUGUGCUAUAUUCGAUCCAGAGAACUGCGUUGAAGGCACUGAGAGGAUGGAUGAGUCUGGCUGCUGUAAAACAUGUACCCCUCGUGAGGACUGUGUGAAGAAGACGAACACCACCGUGUUGGAGGUCAAGGGCUGCGUAUCAGUGGAGCCGGUGGAGCUCACUUCCUGUGCAGGAUCCUGUGGAGAGUCCUUUUCAGUGUAUUCGGCUGAGAGCAACAGCAUGGUCCACAAAUGCACGUGCUGUCGAGAAUUAGCAACGAGCAAGAAGGAGGUGGAGAUGGAGUGUCCUGAUGGCACCAAAACAACACACACUUACCUUGUAGCUGACAAAUGUGGCUGCAGUGAAUGUCAAGACAAAAGUUAAUCCACACCUGGCGACUGUGGAAUUUGCAGCGAUAAAAGAGAUCCUUUCGUUUCUUGCAUAGCUCUGCGCCUUGCAAUUUCCUAUCAGCACAGUUUCAUUUGCCAGAGUACAACGCGUCCACAUGAUGUCCGGCAGUGUCAGCACACAUUUGUCCGAGGGUGUGUCCUGAAAUGAGUCCUUCACCAACUGUGUGAUGUUGUGUAUUUUUGGUAGAGGUUUUUUUUCUCCCCUUGCAUUCAAUCUAAACGAUUAAUAAACGUGUGUUCAAAUACAUAUAUUGUAGCAACACUUCUGUCUUCUGCAUCAUUAAAACUCAGCUUCACUGGU